UGCACAUGCGCAGUAGGUUCUGUUACUCUCGCCCCGACCCUAGGGCGUUAGAAACUGCUAGCCAGAGCUGACUGGCUACCUAUGCCAGUCUGGAGGAAGUCCGAGACCUUGAGCCCUAGUGAGGGGCAUAAAAGAACAUCAUGCAGGAUCCAAAUGAAGAUACAGAAUGGAAUGAAAUAUUAAGAAAUUUUGGCAUUCUUCCUCCAAAAGAAGAACCAAAAGAUGAAAUUGAAGAGAUGGUGCUACGCUUACAGAAGGAGGCAAUGGUUAACCCGUAUGAGAAGAUGACCCUUGCACAGUUGAAAGAAGCUGAGGACGAAUUUGAUGAAGAAGACAUAAAAGCUAUUGAAAUAUAUAGAGAAAAACGGUUACAGGAAUGGAAAGCACUUAAGAAGAAACAAAAAUUUGGGGAAUUGAGAGAAAUUUCUGGAAAUCAGUAUGUGAAUGAAGUUACAAAUGCAGAAAAAGAUUUGUGGGUUGUAAUUCAUCUGUACAGAUCAAGCGUCCCCAUGUGCUUGUUGGUUAACCAGCAUCUUAGCCUCCUAGCAAGAAAGUUCCCAGAAACUAAAUUCCUUAAAGCCAUCGUGAAUAGCUGCAUUGAACACUACCAUGACAACUGUUUACCAACAAUUUUCGUUUAUAAAAAUGGCCAGAUAGAAGGAAAAUUCAUUGGAAUUAUAGAAUGUGGAGGGAUAAAUCUCAAGCUAGAAGAACUUGAAUGGAAACUGUCAGAAGUUGGCGCAAUACAGACUGACUUGGAAGAAAACCCCAAAAAAGGCAUUGCAGAUAUGAUGGUGUCUUCAAUUCGAAACAUUUCCAUUUAUGACAGUGACAGCUCCAACAGUGAUAAUGAUGCCAAGUAGAACUAGUUAAUAAAUAACUUCAACGUAUA